AAAAAAGGGAAUUCGUGUUCUUCCAUGGAUGCUCUGGGUCUUUUGAAAAUUCGCGUCAUCCGAGGCAUCAAUCUUGCCGUUCGCGACACGAGGACAAGUGAUCCUUAUGUUGCUGUCGAAUGUGGCUCGCAGAGGGUGAAAACCGGAGUCGUGAAGGACAACUGCAACCCUGUCUGGAAUGAAGAGCUGACCAUUUACAUCAAGGACCUAAAUGCCCCCAUCACUAUCUCCGUGUAUGAUAAGGACACGUUUACCAAUGAUGAUAAUAUGGGAAAUGCAAAAAUCGACAUAAAGCCUUUAAUAGAGUGUGUGAAGAUGGGCUUGCAAAGUCUCCCGGAGGGGACCAAAGUCGAAAGAGUUCAGCCAAGCCAUGAAAACUGUUUGGUGGAUGAGAGCUGUGUGGUGUGGAACAAGGGCAAUAUGGUCCAGGACAUGAUUCUUAGGUUGAGGAAUGCCGAGUGUGGAGAAGUUCAGGUUCAAAUCGAGUGGCGCGAUCUUCCGGGUUGUAAAGGUCUUCAGGUUUAAGGAUGGCCAGGCUCAUAAAACAUCCUUAAUUAUACGAAUAAAGGAAUAAAUAAGAUGAUGGUCCUUUGUGGUGAUUGUUGAUAAAUGAGGCCUCUGUAUUGUUUGGUGGUGUUAGAAUUUGCUGGGUGUUUUUAAGGCUGUAACUGAGAAGGCAUUUUAGUGUGUUCUUCUGUUGUACAAUUGUGCAUUUUGUAUUAUGUUGAUAGCAAUUUGAAUACUGUAGCCAAAGGUUGGUUAACAUUGUUGAAAACCAUCCAAGGAGUAUUAACGAGCCCUCAAAUCUUUGAAAAGAGCUUCCAGUUGUAGUUGUAAUUGAGUGACACAAGUGGAUUUCUGAUAAACUCUUUGAUUUUAUUUGUAGGUGACUUGUUCUAUGUCAUCUUCUACCGUUCAUUCUAUUCUAUAUAUGGGUGGUAUCUUAUUGCCCAAGCUUGCCCGGAUGGGUUGCCCGAGUGCCCGGUUCUGUUAGGACACGUGGUUCAAUCCAUGUGUAGUUCUUAUCCUAAUAAUAUUCUUUUUUAUCUCUUAUCUUCAUUAUUAGAUGGUCUAAUCAUGCGACCAGCUUGGCUCCCGUCGAGCUAGAUUGUCUCCUCAUUGUGCCCAUGUACUGUCCUUCAGGUCGAUCCAUCGACCCGUAUAUCUCCAGGUCGAGCUUCGAGGCCAUGACCCUAACUCGAUCUAUUUGCGCAUCUCCUAGUUGGUGGAGUCAUUAUCAACCUAUGAUUCAGCGACCUGAUGGAGAAGAGAUUGUGUUG